AUGCCCCUUAGGUUCGAAAAGUCACUGUACGACCUCAUCCGAGGUCUGCGUAACCACAAGGGAAACGAAAAGGAGUACAUCCAGAACUGUCUGAAAGAAUGUCGUUCCGAGAUUAAAAGCCAGGAUAUGGAUGUCAAGGCCACGGCCCUACUCAAGAUCAUAUACCUAGAGAUGAACGGCCAUGACAUGUCCUGGGCCUCCUUCCACGUCCUCGAGGUCAUGUCCUCGCCUAAAUACCACCAGAAGCGCGUUGGAUAUCUCGGCGCCGUCCAGAGCUUCAAGACCGAUACCGAAGUGCUCAUGCUAGCCACCAACCUCCUCAAGAAGGACCUCUCGGCCUCCUCUCCAAUAGUCAUUUCGCUCCCGAUUGCGGCGCUUCCACAUAUUAUAACGCCAUCUCUCGCCCUCUCCGUACUAGCAGAUCUGCUACCGCGCCUUAGCCACUCGCAUGCGGCUAUCAGGAAGAAGACCAUCGUUACACUAUACAGGCUAGCCUUGGUAUACCCAGAGACACUCCGAGCAGCAUGGCCCAAAAUCAAGGAGCGACUUAUGGAUAAGAACGAGGACCCGAGCGUUACAGCGGCGAUUGUGAACGUGGUGUGUGAACUAGGCUGGCGGAGGCCCCAGGAUUUCUUGCCUUUGGCUCCGCGCCUGUUCGAACUAUUGGUUGAUGGGGGUAACAACUGGAUGGCGAUAAAGUUGAUCAAACUGUUUGCAACCCUCACCCCUCUAGAACCGCGUCUCGUUCGUAAGCUUCUGCCGCCCUUAACCGAUCUGAUCCGAACAACGCCAGCAAUGUCUUUGUUAUACGAGUGCAUCAACGGUAUCAUCCAAGGGGGAAUUCUCGGAGAUUCGGAAGACGACGGAAGGGAGGAAAUUGCCAGCCUUUGUGUUUCAAAGCUUCGUGGCAUGAUCACUUUCAAUGGCGAUGCAAAUUUAAAAUAUGUGGCUCUUUUGGCCUUUAACCGGAUCGUGGUCACACACCCGUUCCUUGUUGCCCAACAAGAGGACGUGAUUAUGGAGUGCAUCGACAGCGAAGAUAUUACCAUUAGGAUAAAGGCCCUUGACCUGGUACAAGGGAUGGUCAGCAGCGAUAACCUGAUGUCCAUUGUCAGCCGGCUUAUGAGGCAGCUCAAGACAUCUUCCAGCUCGAACAAUGACCAGUUAGACGAUCUGUCAACCGACUCGAGCGAAGAAAUGGGCGCUGAACGGCGGUCUCGGAAGAGAGAUGAGGCCCCUCCUCUCCCCGAAGACUAUCAGAUCGACGUUAUUGGCAGGAUCCUGAAGAUGUGCUCGCAAAACAACUACUCCAGUGUGGUCGACUUUGACUGGUACAUUGACGUACUAACACAGCUCAUCCGGAUUGCUCCUGCGUCUCGUAAGGAGAUUGACUUGGACGGUAUAGCACUGGGAGCGAAAUCUGCCACAGCCGACAUCUCGGAGAGCAUCGGUAAUGAGCUCAGAAAUGUGGCUGUCAAGGUGAAGGCCGUGAGAGUUGCCGCUGUCCGAGCUGCCGAACUUAUUAUCGCAAAGUUGACGAUGGAAUCAACUUCCCAUCAGGUGACAUCAGGCUCACUUAAGCCUGUUGCUUGGAUCGCCGGAGAAUACGCAUAUCAGCUAUCAAACCCAAGCGACACACUCAAUCACUUAUUACAGUUAAUACCGCGCAUCAGACCUCCAGAGGUUCUCGCAACCUGCUUGCAGGCCUCCAUGAAGUUGUUCGCGCUCAUUGCUGGAAACGACCAAACAUACUGGACAGCAGAACGAAAGUCGAUGGUAUCACUACUCAUGGCGCGGGUCAUUCAUACUUAUGAGCCCCUAAUCACCCAUCCAUCUCUUGAGGUCCAGGAACGGGCGGUGGAGUUUACCGAGCUCCUGAAGCUCACGGCCGAGGCAGCAUCGGCACAAGCGCCAUCAACGGACGAACUGCAACAAGACCCACCACUCCUUCUCACACAAGCGAUACCAUCUCUCUUCCAAGGUUGGGAGUUAAACUCCGUUGCAGUUGGCGCUCAGCUGAACGUCCCAAUGCCGGAGGGCCUGGACUUGGACGAACCUAUUCAUCCCAACCUCGGCAGUCUGCUGGCACAAGCAGACUCGUUGAUGCUUCCCAUCCAGGAAGACGAUGAGUUCGCGGCUUACUACAACGAAAAGGCCGCCCCAACCAGCAUAUCCAGCGAGCCAGCAAUCAACAGACUAAGGGAUGCACCCGAGACAGCAUCCUCCGGUUCCUACCAGCAAGCGACGGAGGAUAGCUACCUCGACGCCGACAUCAUUGCCCGUCGGAAGGCCGAACGGGCAGAGCGUAACCGCGACGACCCCUUUUACAUAGGCGGCCUAGGCAGUCCCUCUCGCUCACAAGGCACUUCCACUCCAAUACACAACAUCCUGCAAAACGAAAAUGGUCCGGACCUCGAUAUCGACUCCAUUCCUAUCAUGAAGCUCGACCUUGGCGCCAUCAGUUCCUCCGGCGUCGGCGCUCCCGGAUCAUACCAGCAACCCAAAGCACCCAAAUCACGUCCACAAAUCGUUGUCGCAGCAGACGAGACGCUGGUCGGCAGCCGUCCUUCCACCCCGCGAACCGGAAGUCAACACGACUCCGACCCCGAUCCUCCCAGCGCCAGCGCCAAAUCUCGUGCAGCAAAGAAGCUUAAGCAAUCCCUUUUGCAGGUUGACUCGAGCCACUUGCGCAACCUCAGCCUCGAAGCCAGCCAGUCUGACGAUCCAGGUACCUUGCCGCACGAGAAGCUGGCGGAGACCGAUGAGGAAAUGGCAAAGGCCAUGAAGGAAGUCCAACGACUAAGACUGGAAAUGCAGAGGGCUAACGAGAGGAUACAAGUCGCUCAGGGUGUCCCGAUGGAGGGGGUAGUGGUGAAGAGUAAGAAGAAGAAGAAGGAUAAGGAUGGCGAGAAAGAAGGGAAGAAGGGAAAGAAGGCCAAGGCGAAGGUUGAAGGGGGUGAUGGGGCAGAUGACGAAAAGGAGAAGAAGGUCAAGAAGAAGAAGAAGGCGACAGAGGGAAGUCAAGAAGAUGUGGCGGUAGAAGGAGGACCAGUUGGUGGAGAGGGUGAUGCGGUGGCGGUUAAGAAGAAAAAGAAGGACAAGGAAGGGACGGUUAAGAAGAAGAAGCCGAAGAGAAUUAUACAGCUUGAUGAUGAUGAGACGGGGGCUGGGGCUGGAAAUGGAGAGGGAGUUGAAGCUGGUGAGCCAUAG